AUGUGCUCUCACAAAAAGACUAGCUCUAUCGCUGUCACCAAGCCCACUCUCUUCGGCCGCCCCAUCAAUGAUCUCUGGUACAACUGCCCCAGAUGCAGUGCUCGCAUGCUGUACUCAAAGGUUCACGGCUGCUUUCCAAGUACCAACCUUUCCAAACCAAUCCAAUCAACAAUGGCCGCUUCCGACUUCACCAACACCGGCGCUCCCGUCAACCCCUUCACCUCAUGGUCCAACGGCUCCGUCACCCACAACGGCGGCAAGUGCGUUAUGCAGAAGAACAAGGGCUCGCUCGUCAUGGCCUCUUGCACCAUGUCCAAACACAAUGGUUCGCUCGUCAUGGCUUCCUGCACCAUGUCCAGACACAACAAUGGUUCGCUCGUCAUGGCCUCGUGCACUCUUCAGAACAACUAG